CAGUGGAGUCCCUCCCCAAGAGAGUAUCACGCAUAGAUUUUCCGACAUCUACACCGUCGUGUUUCGCAGGGUGUAACAAUGUACUUAUAAAACGAAUUAUUUUCGGUGAAAAUUCAACCGCAAUUGUGAUCGGACACAUCGCCAAGAGGUAGCUAACGCAUCACCGAGAUACCGAAGAUGCCGGCGAUAAAGAGGGAAGUCGUUGAUGCAGAGAACGUCGAGCCGAAGGUCGAACCGAAUUUGACAACGCUUACCUCCUUCGUUAGCUCGACGACCUCGACGAUCAGAUCGUCAACGACUGCUGCGGAAGAGGUUAAAGUCGAAACGAAAAAUGACGUCACCACGCAGGCCACCAACAAGGUCCUCAUGGAGCUCAAGGAUUUGGGCAAGGAAAUGUCGGAGGAAACCGGCGUGCCCGAAUGGGGAUUGGCUGCCAUUUUUAUAGCCAUCGGAGUCGUGAUCUUAGGAAUUUGCUUCUGCUGCAUAAGAAGAUGCUGUCGCAAACGGCGUUCAAAGGACGGAAAGAAGGGCUUGAAGGGGGCGGUGGACCUCAAGUCCGUUCAGCUUCUCGGCAGCACGUAUAAAGACAAGGUUCAGCCCGACAUGGAAGAGCUCACGGAUAAUGCCGAGGAACCUGACGAAGCCGAGAGUAAACAUAGCGAGGUCAAGCUUGGGAAGCUCCAGUACAAGCUGGAGUACGACUUUAACUCGAACAGCUUGGCAGUGACGGUUAUCCAAGCCGAAGAGUUGCCAGCGUUAGACAUGGGCGGGACGUCGGAUCCUUACGUGAAAGUUUACCUCUUACCGGAUAAGAAGAAGAAAUUCGAGACUAAAGUGCACAGAAAAACGCUCAAUCCCGUGUUCAACGAAACCUUCACGUUUAAGAGUGUUCCUUACGCCGACGCGAUGAACAAGACCCUCGUGUUCGCAAUCUUCGACUUCGACAGGUUUUCGAAACACGAUCAGAUCGGCGAAGUCAAAGUUCCACUGUGCCAGGUAGACUUGGCUCAGACUAUCGAGGAAUGGCGCGAACUUCAGAGCGUCGAGGGUGAAGGUGGCCAGGACAACAAGCUGGGUGACAUCUGCUUCUCUCUCCGAUACGUCCCAACGGCCGGUAAACUAACUGUUGUUAUACUCGAGGCGAAGAAUCUGAAGAAGAUGGACGUCGGCGGGCUUUCCGAUCCCUACGUGAAAAUCGCUCUGAUGCAGAACGGCAAGAGGUUGAAGAAGAAGAAGACGUCGAUCAAGAAAUGUACUCUGAAUCCUUACUACAACGAGUCCUUCACGUUUGAGGUGCCCUUCGAGCAGAUUCAGAAAGUGCAGCUGGUUGUGACGGUAGUGGACUACGAUCGCAUCGGUACUUCGGAACCAAUUGGCAAAGUUGUUCUUGGAUACAACGCGAGCGGAACCGAACUUAGACAUUGGUCAGACAUGUUGGCAUCGCCCAGGCGUCCGAUAGCGCAGUGGCACACAUUGAAAGACCCGGAAGAUGGCGAUAAGAAGGACUAAAACUUUGACGAAUCCUGAACGAGGAGAAAGAGAUAAAGAGAAAGAGAAAUAGAGAGAGAGAGAGAGAGAGAGAGAGAAAGCAGAGAAACCAAUCGAAAUAUGUAAGGGGAUGGCUAAUCCGUUGGUAUAAAUAACAAAACAAAUACUUAUAGUAGAUAUUAAUAAUAUAUAAUAAUUAACUAAACAAAUAACAAUAAAUAACAAAGAGCAGAUAAAAGAUAGAAUUGAAAAUGAUAUGUUCUCAUGGAGUGUAGUGUCUUGUAUAUAUAUAUAUCUGCUAUACUUCUCUCUGUAGUUUUAUCAUUGGAUGAUUUCAAGCAUUACAUUACAUUAUACAUUAUAUGAGGUGUCCUUUACAAAGAUAUAUAUAUAUAAUAUAAACAUACCUAUAACAGAUAAAUAAUAAAUAAAGGCAUUGACCUUUAGGUCUUCGUCUGCAUAAACAACUAUUAUGCGCGUAAUAGUGAUAUCGACAAUAUCGAAGCAAUGUAGAUUGUAAUGAUCAAUUUAUUGCGAACGUAAUUACUGGUUCACGGGGGUGAAUUCCGCAUUACUCGGGGGACGCGGUUGCCUGAUAAUUAAUCAAUCGUUAAAGCUUGUCCGAAUUUCUCAAUAUCUUUGUCUAAAAAAUCCUGUCGUAACACACAACCUGUGUAAUCAACGAUCGAUACUCCACUGAGACCAACGAAUAAUUUUAUCAUCAUAACAAAUCGUGUCAUAGCGUGUGUGUGCAUCUUAAACUUUAUCAAAUAUCGGUAUAUAAGUGUGCGAAUACAAUAAAAAAACAUAAAUUUAUAUAUAUAUAUAGUAUGAAUACGCUUUGCUUGUUCAAAUUCCACCUCUAAGCAUGUUCAGUCCAAUGUCGGACAGCUGAUUGUGAGCAAAUUGACGAACGGUAUUAAAUGUGUUUCUACGUAAAGAUUUGCGAACUCACGAACGGAUUGAAUUUUAUUUUACAUCGUAUCCACCGGGAAUUCAUGGUGCUCUCAAUUCGCCGGAAUCAACAUAAAUUUCACGGUAUAUGCAGAUCUGGUCAAUGCCUUUAUUCGAUAUGUAUCUAAACUCUACGAUGAUGAUGGUGAGUGUAGAUUAUGCAAUGUGCAACCUAUAUGUAUAUCGGGGAUUUUGAAUCGAAGUAGAACGAAGUUUGAACGAAGAAUAUACCACUCAUAUUACCAUACGUAGAUUGAAAGAUAGGGGAGGGUGGAAGAAAAAAUUAAUCAUUAAUAUACCUGUUAUUAUCUAUCAGUGGCAAAAAUAUAGAUACAUAAUGCAGUUACAAUAAAGAAUAAUUGAUUAUUCGUUGGGACGUUAUUCUACUUUUAUACAAAAACACGUGCUCUGUACAUGAAUUAUUAUCAUUACUGUAUCAUUACGAUGUAUUUACUUAUUUUGAUGGUUGUUGUUAUUAUUACUACUACUACUACUGCUAUUAUUAUUAUUAUUAUUAUUAUUAUUAUUAUUAUUAUUAUUAUUGUUGUUGUUGUUUUAUAACGAGAAUUAUCGUGUAUCGUAGAUGAAUUUUCAAUGUUACAUAUUCGCGGUAAAAGAACGUUCCGCUAUCCUUCUUCUAACACGUGGUAGGCCUAUAUCGUAUUCCAUCGUCAUUUUUCUCAUCGGUUACGGCGUUCGGAGACGGGGAAAAAUUCUCAUAUCACAAGUUGGAAGGAGAGAUAAAGUAAAGUUGGUGACCAAUGGACUGCCAUCAGAUGUUAAUUCGAUAAACGAUUUAUUUUAAUUGUUUUAAAAAAGUAAAGUAAAAGAGUGAAACAACAACGGAUACGGCAACAAUUAAGCGAUUCAAUUGCCAACGACGAGGCGUAAAUCGGAAACUUCACAAUCCCAACACCUGUCAAAAUACGAAAAGAAAAUUCAUCAGCCAUUUUUCGGUUCACUGCACCUGCAUAGCGCUUACGGCUGCAGCUACUCAGGGAAAAUUUGUUAAAGAGACGUCAAUAUAAGAAUUAUACUCCUUCGGUCGUUUAAAUGUUAGAAUCACUCCGAUUCGUGCGAUCAGACGGGCGUUGCAAAUUUUUGUAAAAUAACUGAAAUCUUUCAAAAUACAUUCACGUUGAAUCGCAGUGGUAAUUGGAUACGCGUGGGCGCCGAAAGUAACGCGUGUAAAACCAUAAUAAUACUGCAAGCAUUUUACGGUAGAAUGUUGAGGAUAGGACCGCGAAGCGAAGGAUAUUCUGUAAUAAAAAUUCUUCCAUUGUAGCGGGUGAGAAUUAAGGCUUUCAUUCGCUAACUGAUUUUAUUAGUUUUUAAGCAUAUUUAACACGAGAAUUUCCGCAUCGACUUCAUGCUGUAUAAAUAGACCAAAUAGGCACAGGAAAUUCUCACACAAUUAACUUCGACUGGCUUUUACGAAGCCCUUGUCAAUUUCAUCGUUUUUUACACCGCAUUGCGAUGAAAUUAAAGUUAGCGAAUUAUCAUUUUUUUUUUUGCGACCAACGGGAGAUGUUCAAAUAUAAGUAGACGUUCGUUACGGCGUGCAGCAGAGAAAAUAACGAAUCACUGAAUUUUCAUUACGUGUAGAAAACUGUUAGAAAAAAAUGCACACUUUAAUUAUAUAAAUAUGAAUGUAUAUUGGAAACAGCAAGAUUUUCAGUGGAAAUCUAGACGGGCGUUAAAGAAAAAUAUUAUAUCAUUGGUAACUGUAUAAGCUCUACAUGACGAAAGGAACGAAAUAUACGUAAAACGAAAUUGCGAUCAUUUCUUUGUCGUAUAAAAUCAUUGAAAACACAUAUAUACAUGUGUAUUACGCAUAUUUAUAGCAGCGUGCAAUCUAGUCGAUAAAUAAUAUAAAUAUGCGAAUGCAAUAUCGCCGUAGAUUAAAUAAUUAAUAUGAGAGUGUUAACUAGCCAUUGCUGAUUUAGAUUUUGGUUUUGCUGAACCCUGACAGAACGGUGGGAUUUUUUGCGGGGCGCAUUUUUAUGGUUUUUAAUACCGACAUUUUCUUCUGAUAAGUGAUUUGAGUACACAUUGAGCUCUUCCCUAUUAGAUUUCGUAAAUGGCCAGUAAAAUAUGUAUCCUAAUGAAAAACGGAAAAGCUCAAGAUAUUUGAAAAAUUGAACAUCAAUCGAUAGACACAUAACGACGUAACUUGAACUUUUUUAUCCGUGCAAUCAACGCCAGAGCAGCUAACAUGGUUAUAUAAUUGAAUAAUUUUUUUUGAUUCUAUAGUUUCAGCAGGACCAAUCAUUGCAAACGAUCAUCACAGUAUAAGUAUUACGUUGAACUGACGAUGCGUGUAUAUGCAAAAAGAAAAAAAUUCAUCGUCAAACACAACUGAAAGCAGACGAAAUUAACUAUUAUUAUUAUUGUUGUUGUUAUUAUUAUUAUUAUUAUUAUUAUUAUCUAGAACGAACAAAUAUGAGAGAGUGACAUUGGUCGAGAAAAUUCACGAGCAAGUUAUUUCGUUGAUCGAUGAUGUAUAUCGUUUUCAAUUUUCAGUUAGUAUCUUAUGAAUAAUUCCGGCAUGAAUUCAUCGCAACUACUACUCGCUAAAUUUGAAUCAGGGCGAUUCACUUCAAUCAUGAGUAUACCAUUAUAAAAAAAAUCAGUAAAUAUACACUGACGAUCCAGUGACCUUUCACUGAUAUUUCACUGAUUUUCAGUGUAUACGAGGUAGUCCAAAUGAACGUGAACAAGGUUGGACCCCAACCUCCACCCAAUUUGUCACCGAUUUAUUUCAUACUUCUACUCCACCGUAUGUACAUUUUCCAAUUUUUUCAGAUUUUUUUCAUCUGCCGUUUAUGAGAAUAUUAUAGGUAUCUUAGAUCUCAUCUUCCAUAACUUGCAAAAUGUGCAUUUGGUCAAAAGUUGUGGAGGGGAAAAAAUUGUGUUCUUUUCUGAAUUAGUCGAAAAUAAUUUUUUCCGAAUUUUCUGGAAAUCGUAAGUCGUCGUUCUCAACAAAAAAGCGCACAAAAAGCGAUAUUUCUCGAAAAUUGCGUUCUCGAAAAAAUUGAUACUUGGAGAAAAUCUAUUUUUGUGCGAUCUUUGUUGAAUACGAUGACUCGCGAUUUCGAGAAAAUUCAAAAAAAAAAAAAUAACGCGAUAUUGUCUGGCCUACAACGUUUUUCCCAAAUGCACAAUUUUCGACUCAUGGAAAAUUAAAUCUAAAAUAUCUACUCCUAAACGGCAAGUGGGAAAAAUCUGUAAAAAUGAGAUAAUGUAUAUUUGGUAGAGUGGAUGCAGGAAAUGAAUCGGCGACCAAUUCAGUGGGGGUCGAGGUCCAACCUUGUUCACGUUCGUUUGGACUACCCCAUGUACAUUAAUUUUCUCCAGUGGUAUAUUUAUAAAUGGUUCAAAUCUAUGGAGUAGAUACAUCAUCUCCGAUCGUACCAUUUAACGCAUAUAGCGAGAAUUAGUGUCAUUGGCUAAUGUAUCGAUAUGCCUGCAAUGUGUGUAAUAUCAUAUUCAAUUAAAUCUCCGAUAUUCGCAUACUUUCUCUAAUAAAUAUUCGAAAUCCAAUGUUUACAUGAGAAAGUAUUUAGUGCCUUUUAUUACUUUACUUUUCCCCAAAAUACUUAAACGUCUCCGCAUAUUAUACUUGACGAACGUCGAUCCGUGUCACUGCUUCCUUAUGCGAAUGAAUUUGUUGUCAGAGAGAGCGUGCAUAAUACUAUCACGUAUACUAAACCAUACGAUACAUCAUCUUACGAAAGAAUAAUAACGUCAUUAUCAUUAUCACUAAUAGCAGCACGAUGAUAGUUUUAGCAACUCAUUACUAACGUUAUUAUUACUUUUAUUUAUUAUUAGUACAACAUUAUUAUACGUAGUUAUAAUUGUAUCGACUAGAAGGGAUAUGAAAAACGUAAUAAAAAGAAGAAAUAUCGUUAGAGUGUAAAACUAGGUGUGUAAUUGAAAAUGAAAUUCUGCGAGGGAAAUAAUAUCACGAGAAACGUUAGCGGUUAGACUCAGAGUAAAAUAUAUAAUACAAUAAUUUUAGUUUGUAAAAACGUUUUUAGUCCACCGGUGCGUACGGAAGACGCGAGUGCUGAUUAAAGGAAAAAAGAAAACGGUCCAACCCUUCAAUUCUUUAUUGACAAGAAACGUACCGAAUUAAAAUCCUGUACUGCAAUAAUAAGUGUUUGGAGAAUGGACCAGUCAUAUUUCAAUCUCCAAAUUAGAAACAGUUCUAGGAUAAAUUUUCAAAGUAUACCUGCAGCCCUGUUCUUAGAAAAUGAAGCUUGAAAAUCGUCAUUCAUUAGGAAUCAGUGCUACUUUAAAAGUCCAGGGGAUUACCUUUCAGGCUUAAACAAGAAGUUGAUGAAAAAGAAGAAUAAUAAGGUUGCAAGUCGGGGUUGAUUACGGUGAAGGUGGAAAUGACAGCAACUAGGGUAUACAGAAAUGGCGAAAAUAUCGAUCGCCCAAGUUUGCCACUGUCGUCAAUCAAAUUGCCAGUUUUGUGCUCCUGAUUACUAUUAAGAGAACUGGAAUAAAUAAAAUGUCUAGCAUUCUGAGAGCCAAACCAAGCUGGAACGCGUGUAUCAAAAAUGACUCGGUUCAAAAAGACGUUGGUCAGAUCUUAUUGUUAGUGAAAAUUUCAGUAAUUGAGACAACAGGUAAACCUGCGACUUGUUCACAGCGAGAAUUAAAGUUGAAAAUUCGUCGGAUGAAAUUCGGCAUCAUUCCCCACCUCAUAAUGAUUUGGCCAACUUUUACUUCGUCCGGAAUGCUGCAGUAUACGACAGACGACGACUCAUCGAUCACCAUUUACCCAGUUUAUAGCUAGUUGUUAUAUUAAUGUUACUAUAUCUAUACCUAGAUAUCGAUUCGUUGAUCAGUCAAGAAGAAAAAAGAGGCACACAUAGCACACCAAGAAUCAUGUAAAUAAAAGUGUUUAUAAGGCUAAUUAUAUUGAGUUGAUCGGAAAUUGUCCUUAUCAUUAUACUAUAUUAUAUCGUGUAUCAUUAGUGCAGCUUGCAAGAAAAAUGUUCCGUUUGUCAUGUGCAAAAACAAUCCCUACAACGCAGAUCUUUCAGGGUGAAAUUUUAACUGAUUUAUGACUCGCAUGAAUGAUCGCGAGAAUGAGAAAAGUACAGCGUUGCGAAUCAAAAAAAAAAAAAAAAAAACCUGGAUCGGCU